CAGUCUGGUUCAUUGGUAUCAUAUCUGAUGCAGCUGUUGUUAGCCUUGUGAUGAUUUUUAUAGUUUGGGCUAUGAAACAGGAAAGAUUGAUGCAAGAAAAUUCCUUAGAUGUGCCGUCACAGUGGCUACAACAAGUCGCCGAUAACCGUUCAUUCCUCAAGGUGUUCUUAUCGAUGGCGAAAGUAAGCAUAGCGCAUGCGACGCGUGUUAAAAGAAUAUUUUCGGUGUUCAUCUCACCCACGUGUCUUCUGCUUGCUUUGAUGAGGAUUGCAAGUGUUGUUCAGUUCGUGACUUUGACUCCGACUUUCUUUUACCAGAAAGAGGAUGAUGAAUACAGUACAUUACAGGAAGUGGAUCUCCAGCCCCACAGAAAAGGUCUCAGACCUCUUUACCUUCGCCUGAUCAUUAUUUUUGUGUACACACAAGUUGUCGUUCGCACCAUCGCCUCUACAACAACAAACCGUCAGUACCUUAGCCAAGUUACUUCUUUUACUGACAUGUUACCUGGCAACAGAGUGUGGCGGAUCAUGCAACUGCUAUUAGUCACAACAACCUACAUUUAUCAGAUGUUCAAGGAUGAAUACCAAUGAAAAAAACUCAAGGGAAGGUUACUUCACUUUAAGACACCAAACAUUUAAGAUGUAUAUCUUCUUAAUGAGAACGAAAAGAUAGGUAUUAAAUGACAAGGGAAAGUAAAUGACGGCGCACAAAUCCGUGGGGCCCUGGAUUGACGCAAGGCAUCAUGUGAUAACUGGUAACGUGGCGUAAUGAAGUCAUUCAGUGCGUUGGUAUUGAUUAUAGGUGAUAACCAUCAUGAGCACGAUCCUAACAAGGAUGUAGUUUGACUUUACUUUUUAAGGCGGACCCACCAACAAUAUUAGAACGCAACAUCGCACUGUUAUGUUGCAGUUUUGCCCCAAUAAGAAAGGGACAUUUAAACCGUGUUACAGGAAAGAAUUUGAUGUGGAAAUGAGAAUAGAUAUGUUGCAAUAUGUUUCUGUUGAUGGUUUAGUCUUUACAUCUAGAUUAAAUACUGAGGAAAAGAAGUAUGUGUUGAUAGAAUUCCGAAACAAGCGACGUUUACGGGUUCGGUGAUUGAACAGGAAGUGAAACCCAUGUGUGGACUAUAGAUAGUGUUUUUGUGUCAGGGUAAUACGGUUCAGGUUGGAUAAAUACCUAGAUCAGCUCACUCCGUAUUUGCGAUUGACUUAGGUGCCACAAGCAGGAGCAGAAGAGAUGUAGUUGCGGGUAUAAGCCGCUAUCUUGGUAUCAUUUAUUCCUUACAGGUCAUGUUCCAUGUAAACCAACUUGACAAAAUGAAACUGGCACAGAAUCAUUUUAAAGUUUCUAAAACUGGUUACAAUAAGAAGGAUUAACAUAUCAAGUCAAGUGAAAUCGAUCAGGCUCCUAAACCGCAAUCGGUUGGUUAAGUUGUAAACUUGAACCAAUCGUGAAUUUGGGUAUUAUGGACAUUGCUAUGGAACACUGAAGAAAAUGUCACCACAUUGGCGGGAUCCAACGCUCUCGCAUAAAAAAUCGAGGCUAGUGGCCAGCUAGUCCAAGAUGGCGCCCAAACCUGUAAAUUUUUCAGUAUCCAGAAAAAGCGAUAUGAAAAGUUUGUGUUCUCCUGACGUCGAACGCAAACAAAAUAAACGAAAAGAAAAAGCUCAAACUGCACAGGCGUUCAUACGAUCUCCUAUGUAUCACACUACAGAUACGUAA